GACGGCCAUGCCCUAGGGGAGCCCCGCCAUGAGCCAAAGCGGGGCCUCGCGCCUGGCCGGCUCCCCGCCGCUGCCGGGGGGGUCCCUCCUGGCCCUGCUGGCCCCCGAGCCCUCCCCGUCCCCCCCCAGCGGGACACCCUCGCCCGGGCCCCCGCCGGCGCUGCUGGAAGGGGACUGGGAAGGGCGGGAGGAGCUGCGGCUGCGGGAGCUGGAGGAGGCGCGGGCGCGGGCGGCGCAGAUGGAGAAGACGAUGCGCUGGUGGUCGGACUGCACGGCCAACUGGCGUGAGAAGUGGAGCAAGGUGCGAGCCGAGCGCAACCGGGCUCGGGAGGAGGUGCGGCAGCUGCGGCACCGGCUGGAGGCCCUCACCAAGGAGCUGGCCAGCCUGCGCCGCGACCGCGACCGCGAUGAGCGCCCGCCGCCACCGCGGCCACCGGCACAGGCACCGGCACCGGCACCGGGCGGCGCCGGCAGCCCGCCCGCCGACGGAGCAGAGGGGGACGCCGGCCCUGAGCAAGAACCCGUGCGGGAUGUGGGGGCUGAGGUGCCCCAAAAAGCCAAGGAGCUGGAGCUGAUGGAAAACAUCUUGACGAGCAAGCAGGAGGAGAGCUGGGAGCAGCGGGGCCCCCGGGCCUCCUUCAGCCGCCAGGAGCGGAGCCGCCUGCUCUGGGAGGACGUCAGCGCCGUGGAGGAGGACGCCACCAAAGUCACCGCCCUGAAGCUCAGGCUGGAUGAGUCCCAAAAAGUGCUGCUCAAGGAGAGGGAGGACAAGCUGGCGCUCAGCAAGAACAUUGAGAAGCUGGAGGGCGAGCUCAGCCAGUGGAAGAUCAAAUACGAGGAGCUCAACAAGAACAAGCAGGAGGUGAUGAAGCAGCUCAACAUCCUGAAGGAGAUUCAUCAGGACGAGCUGGGGCGCAUCUCCGAGGACCUGGAGGAUGAGCUGGGUGCUCGCUCCAGCAUGGACAAGAAACUGGCUGAACUGCGUGCAGAGAUGGAGAGGCUGCAGGCAGAGAAUGCGGCUGAGUGGGGCCGGCGAGAGCGGCUGGAGACGGAGAAGCUCAACCUGGAGCGGGAGAACAAGAAGCUGCGGGCACAGAUCGAGGACCUGGAGGAGGUGCUGGCUCGCAAACGGCGGCAGACGGCCAGUGCCCUGGACACUGACCUCAAAACCAUCCAGGCUGAGCUCUUCGAGAAGAACAAGGAGCUGGCUGACCUAAAGCACAUCCACACCAAGCUGAAGAAGCAGUACCAGGAGAAGAUGGCCGAGCUGGCCCAUGCCAACCGCCGGGUGGAGCAGCACGAGGGAGAGGUGAAGAAGCUGCGCCUGAGGGUGGAAGAGCUGAAGAAGGAGCUGGCCCAGGCUGAGGAUGAGCUGGAUGAGGCCCACAACCAGACGCGGAAGCUGCAGCGGUCGCUGGACGAGCAGACGGAGCAGAGCGAGAGCUUCCAGGUGCAGCUGGAGCAUCUGCAGUCACGGCUGCGGCGCCAGCAGAGCGCCCCGCUGUUCGGCAAGAUGCGCAGCGCCCGCUUCGGCCCCGACGACGCCGGAGACGGCACCAGCGACCCCGACGAGGAUGAGGACCUGCAGAUACAGGUGCCCUAGAGCCCAGGGCCAGUGCCACCACCGCAGGAUGUGCCACAUCAGUCCCCUGCAUUCAAGUGCGUGUCGCCACAGGGCCCAGCUGUGCAGUGAUCCUUGUAUAGAUGGGGAAACUGAGGCAUGGAGCGGUGGGGAGAAAUUUGCCCAGGGUUGCUCCAAAAUCCACUGCCUCUUGGAUAGUACUGGAUGGCCCUUCAGCCACUGGCAUCUCCUGGGACACUGAUGUGGCCACUAAAGCCAGCAUCACCGAGCAGCCCAGGAGGAGGAGGUGCAGGGCAAGAGAGGCACCAAGCUUGGCAGCCACAAACUGCCCACUUCUUUUUAUAUAUAUUAUAUAUAUGUAUGUAUUUGUAUAUGAUUUUUUAUUAUAAAUACAGAGCCCAGAUGGGCCCAGGCUCUG